CAAGCCUUGGGCAAGCCAGAGGCAAGCCAGAAAUCUUUCCACAGAAGGCGGGAGUGCGAGGUACUCGUACUGAUGAUUCACCCCUACUGUCUCAUAACAAAGCACCAACCACUCACUUCUUACACUUCCCUUUCGAACAGCUCCCGAAGCAAGCUGAUUCCAAAGACGCCUUUGGCACACCAACCUUUCUCCGUUUUGGAAACCUCUAUCCCCUAAGUCUCGUCGUUCACACGAGCAGAUGACCAUAGCGAUGGAUGGGGACUCCUUUGAUCCAGCGGUGUGACAAAUCUAUGGGAACUUGGAAGAAUCGUCUCAUCGUCGGAAGGUCCACGGAGCUGUACGAUCGUGUGCCAACAGCCACACACCCCAACUGCAUCUAUAAAGACCUCCUACUCAAUUCUCUUCCUCCCCAUAUCCUCCGGUCCACAACAUGUCAUCUCGCAGCAGCACCUCCUCCCAACAAACCCACGACCCCUCCAAAGCCCACGUCCUCCUCUCCACCUACGCCCCCCUCCGUACCUACCCCGUCCUCAAAACCUUCAACGACGAGGAAGACAAAGGCCACACGAGCCGUAUCCACAGCGCCUGGAGCGCCUGCGACCCCGUCCUCAAAGACGCCUCUUUCAUCCUAAUGCCCUCCACCCGGGUUCAUGUCAGCCCACACUCUGCCCGGACGAAUAUCGAAGCUGCUUCGAGGUUUGUUGCUUCUUACAACAAGCGUUUUGAUACUCUUUUGAGGGCAAGGGAUUACGACGAGACGAGUUAUGAGUUUGAUGGUAGUACACCUGAAGGGUAUAUCGAAGCGGAUGAAGCUUGUCGGGAGGAACAUGCGAGUCUCCAACGUAAAGCGGCAGAACAAGCAUACGACGAAAUGCCAAGCCGGACACUGAAUCUCUUCACAUACCAGCAAGUCCCCUUCCAAGACUUUCUCAAACACGGACUCAAAAGCAGACAUCUCGAAGUCUCCACCAAAGACUUUUCCGACGUCCUCACCGACGAGCAAUACCAUGACAAGCUCGCCCGGCAGUUCCACAGUUACAAAGCUUGCACUAGGCUUGCUGAUCUGGGGGACAAGUAUCCUUGGGCGCUGUUUACGACGGGGAUAAAGGAGCCGACUGAUUUGGUGCAGAGUAAUAUCACUGGACGAUGGGUACCUGUUGAUCCGCAGUUUGAGGUUUUGGGUGCAGCGGGUAACCUCGACUCGUCCGCCAAACGUCAAAUCGCCAACGCCCUCGCCGAGUGGACAGACGAAACCAACCGUAAACCCCGGACCGAAAACGGCAGUUCCAACGCCCUCUCUUCCGGUCUCUCUUCCAAAAGCAGCUUUGCGGUCUAUCACGACUUCAACCAUGUAUCCGAACAUUCGGUCUAUCUGGACAGUUUGAAGUUUGCAAAAGAGAUUUCGGAUGUAGUUGAGGUGGAUGGAUUGCCGGUGCAUUGUGAGUGGGUGACGCCCGAGACGCUUUUUCCUUCGAAUCGGAGUGAUGCGCCGAGGAAUUAUAGGCUGCGUAAUCAUCGGGGGUAUGAGGAGGCUAUUAACGACAAGCUGGCGCAGGCAAACAAGAGAUAGUCAAAUGGUCGUUGAAAGUAGUCAGG